AUGUGGAAUAAGGGUGUUGCUCGGCUCACACAGAUUCCCGUGCUAAGUCGGGAGCUACAGCUGUUACUGAGGAGCCCUCAGCCUGGCUGUGGGGCGGGCGUGGCAAGAGGCGCAGACCGUGUCUCCAGCUCCAGGCUAUCCUCUGGUCUGACUCGCCUCAGCAUCACGAUGGAGCCCAACAGCCCUAAAAAAAUACAGUUUGCUGUGCCACUGUUUCAGAGUCAAAUAGAUCCCGAGGCAGCUGAGCAGAUCAGGAAAAGAAGGCCUACACCAGCAUCGCUCGUCAUCAUGAACGAACAUGUGCCCCCAGAAAAAGAUGAGAAGAGAACAAACAUCUCACAGGCAGAGUCCCAGAGCGCCUCUCCCAAGCAAAGGAAGCAGAGCGUCUUCACCCCGCCUGCCCUCAAAGGGAUUAAGCACCUGAAAAGUCAGAGUGAUUCAGCAUUUCCAGAGGAAGAAGAGGGAGUCAGUGAAAGGGAAGAGGAGUGGGGCCAUUAA